GUGAGACACAGACGGACGGACGACUACCGCAGGUGAGACACAGACGGACGGACGACUACCGCGGGUGAGACACAGACGGACGGACGACUACCGCGGGUGAGACACAGACGGACGAACGACUACCACAGGUGAGACACAGACGGACGAACGACUACCACAGGUGAGACACAGACGGACGGACGACUACCACAGGUGAGACACACACAGACAGACGACUACCACAGGUGAGACACACACAGACAGACGACUACCACAGGUGUGACACAGACGGACGGACGACUACCACAGGUGAGACACAGACGGACGGACGACUACCACAGGUGAGACACAGACGGACGGACGACUACCACAGGUGAGACACAGACGGACGGACGACUACCACAGGUGAGUCAGACAGACAGACUCCUGUAUACUGGUAGAACAUCAUAGUGUGGUCUUCUGUAGCUCAUCAGAGCAUAGCACCUUGACAGUUAUCUGUCUAUGCUGUCCCUUCCUCUACCAACAUAUUAAACCACUGGCAGGCAUGUGGAGCUUCAUCAACUUACUGCCUUCCUCUCUCUCUCCUGUAGCAUCCGUUCAUCACGGCCGCCAAGCCAGUCACCAUCCUGAGAGACCUGAUCACUGAGUCCAUGGAGAUGAAGGCUAAGAGACAACAGGAGCAGCAGAGAGAGCUGGAGGAGGAGGACGACUCUGAAGAGGAGGUGGAAGUGGACUCCCACACCAUGGUGAAGUCUGGGUCAGAGGGGGCUGGCACCAUGAGAGCUACCAGCACCAUGAGUGACGGAGCUCAGACCAUGAUCGAGCACGGCAGUACCAUGUUAGAGGCAGACCUGGGAACCAUGGUCAUCAACAGUGAUGAGGAGGACAACGAUGAAGGCUCAAUGAGGAGACACCCCACCUCCCAGCAGGCCCUGAGACCCUCCUUCAUGGACUACUUUGACAAGCAGGACUCUAAGGUCCAACAGGAGAGCUAUAACCAUAACCGGCAGCAGGAACCAGGCUAUCACAUCAGCCAGGCUAAGAACGUCUUCCCUGACAACUGGAAAGUUCCGCAGGACGGAGACUUUGACUUU